AUGGCUUCCGAAGCUCCUACUGGCGAGCUCUCUGCUGCUCAGAAGCUUAUGCAGAAGCAUGCUGAGGCUCCUCACCAUGUAACUGUCGAGGAUGCUCCUGAUGAGGAUCUCCCCAUCCAUACUCCUGCUGAGGCCUCUAGCUCCGCCGAAGCUCCCGCUCCCAAGCCCGCUCCUAAGCCUGCUUCCAAGACUCUCGACACUCAGUCGCAUGAGCUGUUCCCUGAGCUUGGUGCUCCCAAGGGCAAGGCCGCCAAUGUUGCACCCAUCUGGGGAGCUAAGACAGCCAACGGCGCCGCUUCCAACGGUGGCUCUCGUUCGUCUACUCCCGCCUCUGGAGCUGCCACUCCCAACAAGCCUAUGGUCAUCCCCGGUCGCAAUGUCGAGACGGUCACUUUGGACCCUCAGUACAUCAUGCCUCGUGGUCAGCUGAAGAGACCUAUCCCCGACAUCAUCAAGGAUAUCAACCGCAAGUCUCGUGCCAAUGUCACCAUGGCUACCUCUACCAACGGUCGCUACAAGUUUGAUGCUACUGGUCCUCAGGAUGUCGCUCAACAGGCGCUCAAGGAUCUUGUUGCUCAGAUCGGUACUCGAACUGCCAUCAAAGUUCCCAUUCCCCAGUCGACUCGUGCUCACAUCAUUGGCAAGGGUGGUUCCAUGAUCAAGGCCCUUCAGGAGAAGACUGGUGCCAAGAUUCAGCUCCCCAAGGUCGACGAAAACAACCCCAUCGAUGAGGAGGAUGACGAUGCUACCAUUGAUGUCACCAUUGAGGGUAAUGCCCUUUCUGCUGCUUCCGCUCGUGAUGAGAUUCUCAAGAUUGCCGGCGAGCGAUCUGCCAAUGUCCAGACUAAGGUUCGAGGCAUUCCUACUGCUUUCUUCCCAUUCAUUGCUGGCCGAGAGAACGCCCUGGCUCAAGCCCUCGAAGAGGCCAACGGUGUUCAGAUCCGAGUUCCUCCCAUGCAGGCUUACUUCUCCGGCCAGAACCCUGUCACCGCUGUUCCCGACCAGUCUCCUGUUUUUGCCCCUGCUGGCAACGAAGACAACCACGUUCAGCUUGCUGGUGACCGUGCCGCCGUCCAGAAGGUGCGCGCUGAGAUCGAGCGUCAGGUCGCCGAGCUUCACAAGCAACUUGCUGCUGAGCAACUGGCCAUCCAGCGUGGUCGUCACCAGUUCAUCAUUGGUGACCGAGGUGUUGCAGUAGAUGAUUUCUUCCAACAAACUGGCUGUACCAUCCUGCUGCCUAACGAUAACGACGACGACGAUACCGUUACCGUUAUUGGACCUGCCGAUCAGGUUAACGUCGGUCUGGAGAAGGCUAUGGAUUUGGCUAUGGGUAUGCAGAUGUCUAACCUAGACAUUGCCCGAUUCCACCGCAACGCUCCUGGUGGUGCUGCCGUCCAUGCUGGCAAUGUCACAAGAUACCUCCGCCAGCGCAAGGAGAUUGAACGUCUCGAGAAGCUCUACCAAACCCACAUCAACACCCCUUUCUCUGAGGGUGGUGCUCUUCCCUGGGAGCUUUACUCUCGCGAGGGUAAGAACGCUAUUCGUGCUCAGUCUGAGAUUACUGGUAUUAUCAACGCUCAGCCUCCAUCUCGUAUGGCUUCCAUCCCGGUUGAUCCCUUCUUCCACCAGCACCUUCGCAACAACAUUACUCGCCAGGUCAAGAACGACUAUGGUGUUCAGGUUGUUGUGCCCGAGGCCUCGGAGAGCAAUGUUCCUGUCCUCCUUGUUUUCGAGGGUCCUGACCCUGCUGAUGGUCCUUACCAGCUGCCUCGCACCAAGCCGUCAGAUGCUGAAGUCCGAGCUUUCAAGCAGGGACUUGAAGAUGCCCAGAAGCACAUUCUCGACUUGAUCAAGAAGCAGGAGGACAUUACCAGCGCCACUCUCGAUGUUCCGGCCAAGUACCAUGAGAGACUUCGCCGAUUCAUCAAGAAGGAGCAGGAGAGCCGAAAGGCUGACCAGAUCCCCGUCCGUGUUACCAAGGUCGGAACAAACAUCACUCUUCGCGGUCCCACUUCCGCCGUGGAGUCUCUUGCCGCUAAGGCCAAUGCUUUCGUUGAGCAAGAGAAGGAAGAUGAGAAGGAGCGUGGAUUCACUCUCUCCUUUGACUUCCCCCAGAAGUACGCCAACCACCUGAUUGGCAAGGGUGGUAGCAACAUCCGUGAGCUUCGAGACCGCUUCGAUGUCGAGAUCCAGGUUCAGGAUGGCAAGGUGGAGUUGAAGGGUCCCAAGGCCAAGGCUGAGACUGCCCGCUCCCACAUUCAGAGUCUUGCCCGCACACUGGCAGAUGAGACCACCCACACUUUGAAGAUUGACCCCAAGUACCACAGGGAAUUGAUCGGCGCCCAAGGAAGCCAGAUCAACCGCCUGCAAACCCGCUACAAGGUCCACAUCUUCUUCCCUCGAUCUGCAAAGGCCGCGGAUGAGGAGCAGUCUAAUCUUGAUGCUGAAGAGGGUGCUAAGCCUCGACGACAACAGCCCGCUGACGAGGUCAUCAUCCGAGGUCCCAAGAAGGGAGCUGAUGAGGCUCGGGAUGAGAUUUACUCUCUCCACAAGUACCUGGAGGAGCACGGAGCCACUGCUACUGUUCCUGUUCAGCAGAAGCAGGUCGGAUCUCUGAUUGGCCAGGGUGGUGCUGCUCUCGACGAGCUUCGCCAGCUUACUGGAGCUAGAAUCGACGUGCCCCAAGAUCGGGACACUGACAUUGUCGAGAUCCAGAUCAAGGGUACUGCUUCGCAGGUUGCCAAGGCCAAGAAGGUUCUCGAGGAGAAGCGAGCUGUGUUUGACGACACUGUUGUUCGUACUCUCGACGUCGACAAGAAGUACCACAAGGCUCUCAUUGGUGCUGGUGGUUCCAACCUCCGUGACAUUGUUGUCAAGGCUGGUGGCUCUGACGACCGACGAGAGCUUGCCCGCACCAUUCAGUUCCCCAAGCAGGAGGCUGAUGGCAACACUAUCAAGAUUGAGGGCCGUACUGAUGUUGUCGACAAGAUUGUCCAGCGUAUUCAGGAGAUCGUUAGUGAGCGUGAGAACCAGGUCACAGAGGUGGUUGAUGUUCCUAUCGAGAACCACCGCUCACUCAUUGGCCGUGGCGGUGACACCAAGCGCCAGCUUGAGUCCAAGUUUACCGUGUCGAUCGAUGUUCCUCGCCAAGGUGAUGGCAAGACUGGUGUCAAGCUGACUGGCCGACCCGAGAAUGUGGCUAAGGCAAAGGAGCACAUUCAAGGACUUGUUCAGUCACAGCAAGGCGAGACCAUCCAGGUUCCUCGCAACCUUCACCACUCCAUUUCCAACGGUGGUCAGUUCUUCCGUCAACUCCGUAACAACUACUCAGUGACUGUUGACCACGCCGGCCAACCUCUUCCUGCUAAGCCUGACUCUUCUACCCGUUCCAAUGUCGGAGCUCUGCCUCUGAUCACUGACGACGACGAUGCCAACUCUGAGGCUCACUCGUGGAAGGUUGUCCAGAUUGAUGCUGGUGAUGAUGGCGAUUUCCCUUGGGUUCUUCGCGGUUCUCCUGAGAACGUUGGAAAGGCCAAGGAUGCUAUCGCCAAGGCUGUCGAGCAGGCGAAGAACAACGACGCUACCGGCUACCUUGUCCUCCCCGACCCUCGCACUUACCGACAUGUCAUCGGUCCCAACGGCUCCAAGGUCAACGCCAUCCGCAAGGAGAGCAACUGCAAGAUCCAGGUCCCCCGCGACCAGGCCAAGGAUGAAGCCAUUGAGAUCAUUGGAACCAAGGAAGGAGUUGAGAUGGCCAAGGACCUUAUCCUUGAAGCUGUUCGGGAAGGCAGCAGCAAGACCCGGGAUUAA